AGCAUGGGCAGGCUGGGACCACAUGGCUUCGACCAGUGGCACAGGCCAAAAGCACUGAGCUUUCGUGGAGCACGCAGAUUCUCUCGAUGCUCCAGGGCGAAGGACCUUACAGCGUUGGAGACAGCCAAGGAAGUGGCUGAACAGACUCAGCAGUUCGCCCUGGCGGAAGCCAUCGAUCGAGAGCUUGUGGCCAAAUGGCUUGAAGGACAGACCAAUGACUUGGACGACUAUGAGACCUUCUUCCGUGCAACCGAAUCAUCUGGAGAUCUUGGCUCACGGCACCCGAUGCUGGAGGACUGGUUGGCUCCGCUUGAGUCAUACGUGCACAAUGAACACCGUGUCCGUGAACUCCAUGCUCAAGCUGAACGAGAGGGCGUGAAGAUCUAUGAUCUGAAAUACGACCGGGCAGCCGAGGCUGCUUCCAGCCUCCAUCACCGUGGUUUUGUGGCACUGGCGGCCCUGAGCCCCGCGCUGCUGCGCCGCCAGCGCCGCCUCUCUGCGGCCUUGCUGCGCCGUGCGGCGCGGGCGCAGCCGGGGGGAAACCGUGGUGCGAGGCGCUAUAGCUUGGGCCGUAGCACCAUGGUCCCAGGAACCUUGGAGCUGGCUCAGAACCCUCAGGUCUUGGAAGUGCUCAAGGCCUUUUGGGGAAGCGGUUGCACGGUGCAGUGCACCGGUGGCGAUGCUUCGUUUCCCGGCGCUCAACAGCAAGAUCUCCAUGCCGAUGUCCCGGUCAAAGAGGUGGCGGACCAGCUAUACAGUUACUUUGACCCUGAAAAUCCUGAGAGGAAAUUUAUGGAGCUGCCGGCCCCAGUGGUGAAAGUCUACUUCGCCAUGGUGGACAUGGAUCAGGAAGUGGGACCUCCUCGUUUCCUCCCAGGCACCCAUGAACUGACAGCCAAGCAGGACGUGCCUCCAUUUGACCCUCCAGGCUGCGUUCCUUUGAUUUGUCCUGCUGGUACUGCGAUCAUCAUGGACAUGCGGGUUUGGCACGGUGGCACAGCGAACAAGUCCAGUGCUGCCCGUCCCAUGCUUUCAGUCCAUUAUGCCGGACCAGAUUACUCUGAAGAUGUUCUCAAAGAUGGCGGCAGCAUUCCCUUUUUUGGGACAUGCUAUUGGUCCUACCAUCGUGGAUCUUUGGACCAGAGAGGUCUGGAAAGUCUUCCAGCCACUGGCCGAGAAUUGUGCAAACACUUGGUGGCUGACGAGACUGUGACCUGCGUGAACUGCAACACACCAAACUUGCGCCCCGGAAGAAGUGCCUUGCGAAGCAUCGGUGCCCCAGGGGGACCCUGGUUGUGUUUGAACUGCUGGGCAGCACAAAAAGCAAGCAUCAUGAGAUGAUUUCUGUUCGGGAACCCGUUGGAUCAAGUACUUCAGCAAGAUCUUAAACGCAACUUGACCUGGAAAGCGAGUUGCAGCACCCUCGACAUCAGAGGUACAGCAACUCACAGGUCAAACAUGGUCAAACAAUGCGAGGAACCAUCAGCUGCUCAGGCUGGGUUGCGGGAGAUGGAGACUAGUUAUUAGAUUUAUUAGGGAGCCGUUUUGCUGGUGGUUUGCUGGCAGAUAGAGCUUGAUCUCAAGGGGUUGCCAGCCAGAGAUGCUACCAGUGCCGGCUUCUGCGGUGCAAGCAAGUCGCUUUGAGCUGCCAGAGAAUGUCCAGCAUUUGGAGACAAAGAUGAACUGGGGCGAUUGUGAGUUUGAGCAGAUGAUGCAAGCUCGAGUCGCGUCACUAAUGAAGCAACGUCUUGCGGGACCCUUCCUCUCGCCAAAAGCGUCGCUUGUUUGGUGAGAGUUGUGCUCCAGCCUGAAGCCCUGCAACCAGCAUCAGCUGCUCUGCAGACGCUGCAAGAGAUUCCGCGUCUCUGCUGGAUUUGACGUGCCAAAGUUGGUUUCUGUCAGACAUUGGCGCGAACUGUGCUUGAUGAUUUCCAGUACCUAGUAACCUACAUGUCCAUAUUCUUGUUGCCUCAAAAAGUUGUGUCUGGGAGCGUUUGACCUGACUCUGCAGAGUGAUAACGACCCAGUUGGUCAACCUGUGUACAUGAGCAAAGCGAUUCUGCGUUUGAAGCAGAGUAAGCCUGCAAAAGAAC